GGAAGAGCAACUGGUGCGAGUUUAAUGGACAAGGAAGAGAUAUUUGUUUAGGUUUAGUCAGGAAAACAUACAUUCUUUUUGUUGUUUCUUCAGAUUGUCUUGCUCUUUUUUAAUUCGUUAGCAUGCCUUUGUUUGCCCAAAAUCCAUUUGACCAAGAUGUUGAAAAGGCAACCAAUGAAAACAACACCACAGAUGACUGGGGGCUCAUUAUGGACAUCUGUGAUAAGAUUGGAACGACGACCAAUGGACCAAAGGACGGCUUGAGAUCAAUUAUGAAGAGAGUGAACCACAAAGUGCCUCAUGUCGCCAUGCAGGCGCUCAAUUUGCUCAGUGCUUGUGUGUCAAACUGUGGCAUAUUCCAUUUGGAAAUCUGCUCAAGAGAGUUUGCAAGUGAAGUACGGAGUGUGCUGAGCCGGGCUCACUCCAGGGUGUGUGAAAAGCUCAAGGCUCUGAUGGUGGAGUGGGCAGAGGACUUCCAGAAAGAUCCACAACUCAGCCUGAUCGGUGCAACCAUCAAGUCUCUGAAGAGGAGGGCAUCAGCUUCCCUCCCGUCCUCACAG